CGACCCACCGCCUCGAUCCCCGGCGUCCCCGGCUCGAGGCUACGCCCGCCGAGUCGCCGACGACGACGAGAUCAUGGGAGCGUGCAACUCGUGCGAGGCGACGGCGGUGGCGGCGGUGAACGGGCGGGGCUCGGCGGCCGGGGAGGCGACGGCGGCGAGGGUGGUGCUCGCGGACGGCGCGCUGCGGCGGUUCCCGGGGGGCACCAGGGCGUCGCAGGCGGUGAAGGCGGCCGGCGGGGCCCCGUCGUGGUUCCUGUGCAGCGCCGACGGCCUCGAGCUCGGCGGCGCGGUGGCGGCGGUGGCGGGCGACGACGAGGAGCUGCAGCCCGGGCAGCUCUACUUCGUGCUCCCGGCCUCGAUGCGGCGGCGGCCGCUGCAGGCGGAGGAGAUGGCGGCGCUCGCGGUCCGCGCCAGCGCCGCGCUGGUGGGCGACCACGACGGGCCGCUCGUGUUCCCGGAGGCGACCGCCGGCGCCGCCGCCGACCCCCGCGGCGGCAAGGGCUGCCGCAGGCCGAGGAGGCGGCGUCCCAGCCGGGGCCGAGACUUCGUGCCGGAUCUCGGCGCCAUUGCCGAGUAGCAGCACACCCAGCUCGCCGCCAUCGAAUCAACGAAAGAGAGAAAAAAAAACAUGGAGUAGUUACGUGUAAAGUGAUCGAUCGGAGGAGCCAUUGACCAAUGCUAAUUUAGCUAGGAAGAGCUGCUGAGGAAGUGUAGUUUAGCUGUCAUGCUGUAGCUUAGCUAGCCUGUAGGUACGCACCAAGUGUAUAUACAUGUAUGUACGUACAUACACAGACAUGUAUGUACAUGUGGCUCCUCGCCACGGUGGUUGAACGUAAAAAAAAUUUAAAAAAAAGACAUUUGCCCAUUUUCCGAUCCAUCGUCCCAGAGGCCAGAACCAAACGCGUCAAACCUGACUCACGGACCCACCUCACCUGGUGCAGGGUCUCUUCAGAACACCGAAAUUUCACGGGAAAUGCUAUAAGUGUUACAACGUACAAAAUUGUUUUUAGUUUAUUUAGUACGGGUUAAGAAGAUGUCAAAUAUAAUUACUUAAAUUAAGGAGAUA